ACAAACAAUAAAAGAACUGAAGCAUCCAUCUGACUGCGUUGGGUACCUUACGCUCCGAGCCUCCCAAUUUUUUCCCGUCCUGUAGAGAUAUCUCCGGCCCUAGCGUCCCGCCGCAUGCCUGGUGGCCCACGUUCUCCGCAGCACCGCCUUCAACCUGUGGUUCAACUGGACAACAAGAAGGAACAGCUUUGUCCGAUUCAGCUCUGAUUCAACCGUCGUUGUAGCUGCAUCGCACCAUCCACCGCUUCACGCCUUCCAUUUUGUCGCCGUUGUUCGAUUCAGCUUGACAAGGAGCAUCUCUGUUUUUCGAUUUUCAUCUGUUGCUUCGUUUCUUCUUCAGUCGGCUGCUUUGAUUGCGUAGCUGGUUAGGGAAUUUGGGAUUUGCCAUUGGAGACCAGGGGCUUUCUGAAUAUCUUAAAGCAUUAUUCAGUAUAUCAUUGGAGGACAAUACAUUUUUAGCCAUUUUCCUUUUGGGUGUUGCUUCUCGUUUUGUGCUGGUUAAGAUAGGAGGGAUACAUUGUCCUUCAUGUUCUUUACCUUCAAAUAUGGAUUCAUCACAGAAUGCAACAGUGGGGACUGGUGGCAAUGGCACAUUGCCUACUCACAUGAAUGAUACGGGAGCGGCAACAACAGCAGAUGAUCCAAAGCAGAAUCUGAACCAGGUUAUUAAUUCCAUCCAGAAGACUCUUGGCCUCCUCCACCAGCUUUACUUAACUGUCUCUUCCUUCAACACUGCCUCCCAGCUUCCUCUUCUCCAACGACUUAAUGGUCUUGUUGUGGAGCUAGACAACAUGGUUAAAUUGUCUGAGAAGUGCAACAUUCAAGUUCCUAUGGAGGUCCUCAAUUUGAUUGAUGAUGGAAAGAAUCCAGAUGAAUUCACACGAGAUGUUAUCAACAGCUGCAUAGCCAAAAAUCAGGUCACCAAGGGCAAAACUGAUGCCUUCAAGGGUUUACGGAAGCAUCUUCUGGAGGAACUUGAACUGGCUUUUCCAGACGAAGUUGAAUCAUAUAGGGAAAUGCGUGCAAUUUCUGCUGCUGAAUCAAAACGUCUUGCUCAAGCACAGAGUUCAUUACCCAAUGGAGAUGUGAAGGUUAAGGCAGAGCUUUAAGGUAUCAAGGAGUUGUUGAUUGAGUGCGUCUCACAAAGCGGUUACAGUUAUUGAAAUCAAGAGGUCCCCAGAAGGUUGAUUUCGACAUGCAAAGCUAUGACGUUAUUGUUUUAAUUUCAAAUAGGCUUCUGAAGAAGGUUUAAUGACUCCUUUAACUUUUAAUAAACUGCAGGAUAACUAGAAAAGAUUGAAUUAGGUGGACUUUUGCUAUGACAUAGAUGAUAGGUGUGUAUACUGUGCAUUAGCAGUUGAUAUAAGUUUAUAUUGAUCGA